GAUCGCGUGAGACCGCGAAGGUAGCAGUCUUCUGGUGGGCGCGGGAAACAAAAUACCCGACGGCGGACACGGCUCUGCUUCACUCACCUACUGCCCAUCUGAUUGUGAAGGAAGACAGUUGUCAGCUGAGCUAUUGAUAAUGCAGUCAUGGGUGAGUAGGGAAUUCUUUCACUGUUGUCAGCAGGUGGGAAGAUUUCUCCUAUUGGCAAAAAUUUUCCAAGUCCAUUCGUGAGGAUCAAGGAUUCAAGGAUCUGAGCUUCUCUUUGGUUUAUCCAGCUCUAGAAUAGUUAUGGUAAGUUUGGGGCUCAUCAAUAAAUAUUUUGCUUCCAAAGGCUACAAAAGUUUGUUCCAGCCUCCAUUAAGAUAGGUAUUUCUCUAAGAGAUGAGAGAUAUUUUUCUUUUUCUCACCCAACCCAUGGCCUCAUUGGAGAAAUAAUGCACUCAUGGAUCAUGUCACUGCUUGAAGUUUGCUUAGGCUUGCUGUGAACGUAGGUAAUACAGAUGAAUAAGAACACAAAUUAACAGGGGGGAGGGUGAUAUUUCAGCGAGUACAAUCAAUCCAGUUUUAUAAGUACUGGGGUAUAAGUAAGUCUGUGCAUUCUUGACUGGAGCACAAGAGAAGUUUAGCAAAUAAAAGAAAGUGAGGAAUUGUUUUAUUUUUCCAAAUUUUAAUUUUAUUCAAGUGUUGAUGGAAUAUAUUUGUACAUUUUGAAACAUUCAAGAAAAGUAAACUAAAAUUGUCCUUUAAACUCUUUUCCCCAAUUUCCCAACUUUAAUUUUUUAAAUCAGCUUUUCCUCAAAUUUUUGAAUGGAUUAAAUAUAUAGGAAAUAUUCUUUACUUCCUUUAAUAGGAUGCAUUUUAUAGAACUGUGAAAAUUUUUGCAGAUUUGAGGAGACCAGAAGCAACAAUGGGUCUUCUUUUAACCUUUAGUAGACAGAGGAGGUGAAGAUAUAAGGAGAUGAAUAUAUAAUAGGGACAUUGGAAACUGGUGUUUUAGGCCCCAGAAAAUUUUGGGAGUGGGAGGUAUACUACUACAGAAACAGUCAGACUAGGGCCAUCUUUCAGUACAACUCUCAAGGGUCUAUGACUUGUGAUGGUGAUCGAUCUUCACUUAGCCUCACAAACAACUGAAAUAUGUAGAAUUGAGGGAGGCAGAACUUACUAAUCCAGAGCUCUGUAUGAAACCAGUUUAGUUGUGUAGAAUUCUAUAUAUUGCUUCAAAGUUUCCUGCAAUGUUAAUGAACAGACCAGUGAAUUGAAUUUAGAUAGAAAGUACAUCACACAUCAGUGCAUUAUGUCUGUUUAAAUGCAUAACAUAAUGUUAAACAAUUUUAUAAAUGACACAAAGUGUGGUCAUCCAUAUACAGGAAUAAUCUAACCCUAGUCAUUUUUUAAAAGUGACAAAUGGCUAUUUCUUUCCUUAUAAUGUCUGUAGAUUUAUCGGAAAUUGGUGGAAAAUAUCAUUUUAAUUAUGGCAUGCUCCAGAACAAGUAUUAUAAUGAGCAUCAGGAGGUCAUAAUUGAAACCUAUUGGAGAAUUUCCAGGUGUCAUUUGAUAUUCCUUUACAAUGGAGUUGUAUGUAUUUAAAAUGUCUGUGGUUCUGUGAGUGUAUCUGAAAGGAAGACAGCAAUUCCAUAUUGAAAUUGAUCUUACUGGAACUCCAAACACAUUUUCAGUUUUAUUUACAGAGUCCAUACUUCCUUAGUGCUGUCAUUCUGAUUAUCAUACUCCAGAUUCAGUAAGGAAUUAACCCUAAUUUCUGUGAUAUGUUAGGAGUUAAUGGCUUUCAAAGAUAUAGCCGUAGACUUCACCCAGGAAGAGUGGACAUUGCUAGACUCGUCCCAGAGAAAGCUGUUCAGAGAAGUGAUGCUGGAGAAUAUCAACCAUCUGGUCUCAGUCGGACUCUCCGAUCUCUCUUUGACCUUGUUCAUGGGAGCAAUAGUAGAAGUGGACUUGAUAAUGCACUAUUAAUACUUAACUCAAAAUCCAGAUAUCUCUUCCUACAAAUAGGAAUUCAGGUCUGCAAAUUGGAUGUGCUUUCCCAGUUGUCACAAGGAAAGAAAGUUUGGAGAGAAGGAAUAGGACUUACCCAAAACCAUUGUCCAGGCAAGAAAAGUCCAUGUAAAAAGCAAAAAAUGACAGUUUUGCACCUUACCUGUAGGAAAGACCAUUCUGACAUGUCAUCGCAGAUAUCUCACACUCAACAGAAUUCUUUUCAGUAUAAUCAUUUGCUGGAAGAUUCCACUCUCAGAUCCACAGUGACUAAGCAUGCAUUAAUUCCCAUGGGAAAGAAACCAUUUUUAUGGAAACCGCUUGGAAAAGUCCUUAGUGACCAUUCGUCUUUUAAUCAACAUAAGCAGAUUCACAAUACAAGUAAAUCAUAUGAAUGCCAUCGAAGUUCUAAAACCUGUAUUGAAAGCUCUGGCCACAGACAAUUCAGUGGAACUCAAAUUGGAAAUAAGCCAUGUGAAUGUACUCUAUUUAGGAAAACUUUUCACCUUAGACAACAUGAGAAAAUUCGGACUGGAGGGAAGCUCUGUGAAUGUCCUUUAUGUGGAAAAGCCUUCAGUCAAUCUAACCUUCAAGAGUAUGAGAGAGCUCACACUGGAGAAAAACACUAUGAAUGCCAUCUAUGUGGGAAAGCCUUCAGUAAUCAUUCUAAUCUUAAACAACAUGAGAUAACACACACUGGAGAAAAACGCUAUGAAUGCCAUACAUGUGGGAAAGCCUUUCAUUAUAGGUCUGCCCUCAGAGCACAUGACAGAACUCACACUGGAGAGAAACUCCAUGAAUGUCAUCUAUGUGGAAAAGCCUUCACACAACGUUCUUAUCUUAGACACCAUGAGAGAACACACAGUGGUGAGAAACCUUAUGCAUGUCAUAUAUGUGGGAAAGCCUUCCGUCAUUGUUCUACCCUCAGACAACAUGAGAGAACGCACACUGGAGAGAAACCCUAUGAAUGCAAUACCUGUGGGAAAGUUUUUAAGUAUUCUCUUUCCCUCAUGCUACAUGAGAGAAAUCACACCGGAGAGAAACCCUAUGAAUGCCAUACAUGUGGGAAAACCUUCCCUCGUAGUUCUACCCUUAGACAACAUGAGAGAAUUCACACUGGAGAGAAACCCUAUGAAUGCAACACAUGUGGGAAAGUCUUCAUUCGUUCUUAUUCCCUCAUGCAACAUGAGAGAACUCACACUGGAGAGAAACCCUAUGAAUGUAACACAUGUGGGAAAGGCUUCAUUCGUUCUUAUUCCCUCAUGCAACAUGAGAGAACUCACACUGGAGAGAAACCCUAUGAAUGCUGUACAUGUGGAAAAGCUUUCACCCGUUCUUCUCGCCUCAGAAUACAUGAGAGAACUCACACUGGAGAGAAACCCUAUAAAUGCCAUACAUGUGGAAAAGCUUUCAAAUGUUCUUAUGCCCUCCGAGUACAUGAGAGAACUCACACAAGAGAGAAACCCUUUGAAUGCUAUACAUGUGGAAAAGCUUUCACCCGUUCUUCUCACCUCAGAAUACAUGAGAGAACUCACACUGGAGAGAAACCCUAUAAAUGCCAUACAUGUGGAAAAGCUUUCAAAUGUUUUUCUGCCCUCAGACUACAUGAAAGAUCUCACACUGGAGAGAAACCCUAUGAAUGCCAUCUAUGUGGGAAAACUUUCAGGCAGUCUGGUACUCUUAGAGAACAUAAGAAAACACACUGUGGCAAGAAACCCUAUGCAUGCCAUACCUGUGGUAAGGCCUUCAGAUAUACUUCUUCCCUCAGAAGACAUGAGAGAACUCAUACUUAAGAGUAUCCCAAUGAAUGUCAUCUGUGGGAAAAACUUCAGGCAACCUUCUCGUCUUAGAGUGCAUGAGAGAACACACAAUGGCAAGAAACCCUAUGUUUGCCAUGUGUGUUACCCUUCAGUCAUUAUUCUCAACUUAGACAAGAUCAGAGAGUAUACACAGGAUAGAAACUUUACAAAUGCCAUAUAUGUGGAAAAGGCUUCAUUUAUUCUUCAGACCACAUGGGAGAACUCACAGUGUCAUGUAACCCCAUGAAUGUCAUCUAUGUGGAAAAUCUUUUCUUGUAGUUCUUCCCUCAGAAAACAUGAAAGAAUGCACAGUGGACAAAAGCCAUAAGAAUGCCAUCUUAAUUUUUCUCUUAUACAACAUGAAGCUAAUCAAGUUUGAGAGAAACCUUGUGAAUGUCAUCAAUGUGGGAAAGUCUUCAAUGCUUUGACCUAGAUGAAAUGAGAGUUCUCACACUACGUGUUUUGAAUAUGCAAGAGAUUUGAAUCAUAGCUUCAAAUUUUAGACACACUAGAGAACUGACAUACUGAAGAAACAGUAUGUUCAUAAUCAGUAUGAUACCUUUUGUUAUCAGUCGUAUUUCAUUUAACAUAAUUCAUACAGGAGAGAAUCUGUAUGAAUGCCACCAAUGUAGAAAAGCCCUUAGUAGAUGGUCUGAUGUUAUAUCGUAUGAGAGGACUCAGAACAUAAAUCUAAUGGAAAUGAAGAUUCCUAAUGGACUACUCUUAUAUGCAAGGCAGAGAAAUUACAUGUGAAAAAUUCUCUCUGUAUUCAAUGUGGGAGUGCCCUAAUUUGUAAUUCAUCCUUUCAAUAAAAUAAGUGGACACCAUUGGAAUGAAACAUUAAGUCUGUA